AAAGAUUGCAGAACAAUUUAUUUUUUGGAACCGAGACUGCUUGUAGUUUUUCAACUAGAAGACAAUUAGGGAUCUCAUCAGCCUGCAUUGGGAGAGAGAUGGAUUCGGUGGGGGAGCUACAACAUCGAGCGGCGGAAUGGCUUAUCAUACUGGAGGAGGGAUGCAAGCAACUGCAGACGAUAGUUGCGGUGCUCAUGCUGCGGCGGCAAGAGGGGGAAGAGAUCGAUGGGGGGGCGAUCUCUAUGGAGCAGUGGUUGGAAGACAGGACCCAGGAGAUGCUAGACAUCAUGUGGGAGCUGGAGGAGGGGCCGGAUCCCCGGCUCGAGGCCUACAUCGACUGGAGGCGAGCGGAUGAUAAGAUGUGCGUCUGCAAAACCCUCUUUACAAUGGGUCACAAUCUGCGCAAUCAGCUGGAGAAUCGGCAGGGAAUGGUCAAGAUGGAUGACAAGGGCGACAAGGACUACUGGUGGGAGGGAGGAUUCGAGGCCAGUGAAGAUAAUUGCAACGACAACACCAACAACAGCAAGGAUAACAACAACAACAACAACAACAACAACAACAACAUUAAUAACACCGGCAUCAAGGAUAUUGUCAAAAAUGAUGGCGACAACAACGACAAUAACAAUGACGACGACCACAACAACAAUUACAACAACAACAACAACAACAACAACAACAACAACAACAACAAUGGCGAUGACUGCGGCAGCGACGACCACGACAGUAGUGGGGUGGAGAACGGUGCCCGUCCAUCUCAGAUCAUCAUCAGCAUGAUGGGAGAGAUGCCGCAAGCGGAUGUGGUGGGAAUUGGGGCUGACAACAACAACAAUGACGAUGGCGGCAGUGAUGACGAUGGCGGCAGUGAUGACGAUGGCGGCAGUGACGACCAUGACAACAGCAACAACAACAACAACAACAACAACAACAACAAUAACAACGACAAUGCCGGCAGCGACGUCCACGGCAACAGCAGGGUUGAGAGCGGUGUCCGGGCAUCUCAGAUCAUCAUCAGCAUGAUGGGAGAGAUACCGCAAGCGGACGUGGUGGGGAUUGGGAAUGCCAACAACAACAACAAUGAUGAUGGCGGCAGCGACGACCACGACAGCAGCGGGGCAGAGAGAAUCAGCAUGACGGGAGAGAUGCCGCAUGCCGACGUGGUGGGGAUUGGGGUUGACACGGAUAAGAGGCUUACCAUCUUCCCCCCUUUUCCCUCCUUCCCCCACUUCAACCCCAUUGUCUGGCUGAGGAUAGGAGUAGGAUAGUCCAUGUUGAUUGGUGGUCCCCAGCCCACAAUAUCAAUCAACAACGGGGUGCUGAUUGCCUCGUGGGAUGGAGGUGGGCUGGUUGGGGACUAGUACGUAGGUGGUCAAUCCUUCCCUUGCGCAGGGAAGUAAUCAAUAACCCUGCUCUCUUCGGACAAUGGGUAAUGGAAGCUGCACUCGCCGUCCAGAUCACACAGAUUACAUCAUUGAUAAGGAUCACACACAGACUCGACGUCCAGAGCACACAUAUUACAUCACUGAUAGAGAUUCGUGCUUAGUCUUGAUUGAUAAAGAUCAUACACAUCA